GUGACAAAUGGCAUUUUUUAAUUUUUUUGACAAUAGUAAAGUAGAAAAGGAAACAAGAGUAAUCACUAGAAAUAAAUCUGAAAGUUUCUGGAAAGUUUUUUGGGUUGAAAUAAUGAGAAAAUGAGAAACAUGAUGGUGUGAUGUGCGAAAGUGCAAACCUGAUCGGAAUAAAAUCGAAUUCGAUGGGAAUAUUGAACAACAACGAAAUGACACACACAUUUCCUGACCCCAAUGCUCUAAACAGGGAGCCUCCAAAAUUAAGGAGAUCUUUCACUCUGCCAAGAAAUCCUUUCAAUGCCACCAGAAUGUCUAAACGUAGACCAAAAACGAAGGACGAAAACGAUUUAAAAAUUGCCCCAAAUGAUUCUGAUGUAAACAGAAAAAUUUUUAGGAGUCCUUCUAUUCGAAAAUUCAUCAAUAAAAUAGCCCAACAUAUUGGAGGGGUCCCAGGUAUCAACCAAUCCAUAGAAAAUAACAGAGUUCCUCCUGUGGGCUUACAAACCUGGGGUCCAGAUGAUAUACCAGGUGUCACAGGAUUAAAGAACCAUGGAAAUACUUGUUUCAUCAAUGCUGUUGUUCAGUGUAUCUCCCAUACUGAUAUACUGGCAGAGUAUUUUGUUCUUGAUAGAUACAAAAUUGAUUUAUCUAAAAGGAAUAAACUGAACUCUAAGAAAUUUGGGACCAAAGGAGAAGUCACAGAACAACUAGCCUUACUGUUGAAAUCACUUUGGGCGUGUCAGUAUAGUCCAGAAUUGAGUGCAAGUUUCAAACAAGUUGUUGAAAGACAUGGCACUCAAUAUAAGGGUAACCAGCAACAUGAUGCUUUAGAAUUUUUACAGUGGCUUUUAGAUAAGGUUCAUGAGGAUCUAAAUACAGCUUCUAAAAAGAAGUUUAAAUCAAUUAAGACAUCUGGCAGGCCUGAUGAAGUGAUAGCUGCCGAGACUUUAGAAAAUUACAAGAGAUGUAACAAUUCCUUCAUACAAGGAAUUUUCCAAGCUCAGUACCGAUCAUCGUUGAGUUGUUCCCGAUGUCGUACACAAUCCAAUACUUUCGAUCCUUUUCAGUGUAUUUCUGUUCAACUUCCACAAUUCCAGAAACUAUCAGUGUAUAUCACCGUGUUGUAUACGUCCCAGCAACCGAGGCAAGUCCAGAUCGGCCUGACCGUCCCAUCGGGCACCACCAUCUCCGAACUACGAGACAUCCUCGAGUCUGACACCUCCAUACGCCGUUCAGACAUGCUCCUCACGGAGAUAGGCGAGAGCGGUUUCAUGCGGACCUUCGCCGACGGCCAGUCCGUCAGCGUCAUCAGCGAGAUCGAUUCCGUCUAUUGCAUAGAGGUGGCGCAGCUAAAGGACGCCGAGGAGGAUGCUACUAGCGCUUAUGUGUUGCUCUGUUGGAUUAAUACUUUGGUCGGUGAAGGCGGGUGCAAUAGAUUCGGAAGUCCGUACACUAUGCAGGUACCAAGAGAAACAUCUUAUGAAGAUUUGCAGAAGUUGUUGCUCAAAGAAAUGGCUGCUAUUCUACACGAUGACAUUCUAACUGCUUCACAACCUUUGGGAGUCUUCAAGAUACGCAUCAGCGACCCGGCGUGCGACGACAACGAACCCCCCUGCCACCUCGAUCCCCAGCUCGAGCAUCCGCUCUUCACCGAGGCCGUCGACCAGGCGCUCGCGCUGUGUGGCGAGGACGGCGGCCCGCCCCACGUGAAGCUGGUGCUCGAGUGGGGGGCGGCUGAGAAGGCCGCCCUCAUUGCAGACGAUAAGGACACGGUGGAGGAGCACGCUAGCGUCAAGAUGCUCAGAGCGCAAGCGAUGCACGGGGGUGCGCCGUUGACGCUCGAGGAGUGCCUCAGGGAGUACACCGAAGCUGAAACCUUGACGGACGCUUGGCGUUGUCCCCAUUGCCAGCAGUAUCAACCUGUCGUCAAAACUCUGGACGUCUGGUCGUUGCCCGACAUUCUGAUUGUUCAUUUGAAACGUUUCAGGCAGCAAGGUUUUCGAGGCGGUAGCAGCACCAAACUCACCACCAUGGUGGACUUCCCGGUCGAGGGGUUCGACAUGUCGCCGCACCUGGCCAGCAAGCGGGCCGCCGCGCUGGCCCACCGUCGCGACGCUGCCUCGGAGACGGAUGGCGUCGCGUUGAACGGCGGCUGGUCGCCUUGGAAGCGGUCGCGGAAGACGUCCACUUCCAGCGAUCACAAAUACGACCUCUACGCGGUCUGCUACCACCACGGCACCGACCUGGAGACGGGCCACUACACGGCCGCCUGCAGGAACCCUUACGACCACCGCUGGUACCUCUACGACGACGCCAAAGUGUCCGAUCUGGCCGGAGCGGUGAAUGACGUCGAUGCCGCGUUGGUCAACAACGGCGCCUACAUCCUGUUCUACCCAGAGACGGGGUGGCGGGUGGGGCGGGCAGAGCUCGAAUUCGAGCAGCGCGGCCAGUACAAGCUCCGUGGGGUCGGGGCAGGACCAUUGGGUGUCGCGCAUGCCCAGGUUAGUGUUGCCGAAGACCCUACCGAAACCCUCCGAGCCCAAACCCAAGGAGGACAUCUUCGAGGAGCGACAAAACCAUGCGGCAGACCCUUCAACCACCGCCGACAAAGAAGUGGAACUGAAAAACACCGAAAACACUCUGCACGGCAGCACCAACAGCCUGAAAAAAUCGCCGAAUCCUUCCGACCGAUCGGAAUCCAUUCCGAAAAAACCGUUGUACACGACCAGCAUCUACAUCAAUUCGUCCGUGGAGGCGAAUUUAGCGAAGCCCGAGGUGUCUCCCGUGUUGAGCACGCACAGGAUAGACGGCGUGGAGGAAGACGGGGUGGUGGAGAGGCGAGGGAACGCCCUGUAUACGACGGUGGCGGCUAUUCAUCGGCAUUCCGACGUCAGCCCUUCGAGGCAUUCGGGCAGCUCGAAUCGGUCGGAUGUGAUAUCAUCUCAACUAUCGAAAAAACUUCAUACCUCUUCACAGUCUCUGAAAAAAUUUUUAGUUUGAAUUCAGUUAGUGUGAAUUAUUGUAAAUAAUAUAAUCCAGCGUUUUGAACAUUAAUCCCAAGGGUAUAUUUCAUUAAUUUGUUGAGAAUCAGCAUCAGUUUCAUAGGUAACUUAUAUUAUUUUAAAAGUUGUUUUUAAUAUUUUACCCAACAUUGUUUUUGUUUUUCAGAUUUUUUAUUUUCAGAAUUUGUUUUUUGUUGUCUAACAAUCUAUAUUGUUUGGUCAAUUAUUUAUUGAUAUAGUUUAUAAGUGAUUUAUAAAGAGGACAAAUAUACAUACCUACUUUGGUGAUAUUAGCAUUGAAAUGUAAAUGAAAAAUUGAUUAAUUUUUUUUCCAUAUUGUCUUUCAUACUAGAACAAUCAAAAUAAUUAAUUUUGAAUUAUAAUCUAUUCUCAAGAGCUGGCGUUCAACGUUUAUAUUAAAGGAAUCCCAUUUUUAAUAUGGUUCCUUGUUAUCAGGUAUAUAAUCAUCGUUUUUUACCAAUUUUUACAUAUUAGGAAAUAAUAUGGUGAAUUUCAAAACUAGAUGAAAUCAUGAUACUAUCGUCCCCAGAUGAGUCAUCAUAUAAUGUAUACAGUGUGUUUAUUUGAAACCGAAUUGCUGUGAAUAACUUUUGAAAUAAUGAUUUCCAGGAAAAAUGCAAAAACACUUCAGAAAAUAAAUGAAAUAGGACACAUGUGUGUUUUCCCUAUUUAGGCUGUUCAUGAUUUUCAUCGUAUUUUCAAAAUGUUAUUGAAAAUUAUACUUUCGAAAGUUCUUCAUGGUGGAUCGUUUCCACAUGAACACAGUUUAUUACUUUGAUUUGAUAUUAAUUUUAAUAAUGUAAUUUAUUAUCGUUUGUAACAAAUAUGUAAUGUCUUCAUCAUUUUUUUUUCAUAUUCUGAUGUAUGCUUCAUUUCGUUGAAAAUUUCGGUUUCUCAAUGUCUUCAUAUUAUUAAUAUUGUAUACUUGCAUAUACCAUAGAGUUUAGGUGAAUUAUAUAUUAUAAACAUGUGAAAUGUGCCUUAAAGACUAAGAAUGUUACAUCAUGCAAAUAAAACUUUAUAAUAACUAA